AUGUGUAAUCAGUUUGAAGCUCAGUAUCUGGCAGAUGUAACCUAAUACACUUCUCCUUAAAGCUUCACUUGUCUAGUAGCCAAGAUGAGAUUGAUUCUUCUGCUCCUGGGGUGUGUGUGGGUGUGUGAAUGUUACCCCAAUGGACAAGUUUCAUCCAGUUGUGAUAACUUGACUCCUUCUCAUGGAAGCUCAGCUCAGACUAGUGCGCCUCCGUACACUGUUACAGCCGACACCAGCAGCUAUAAACAAGGAGACACCAUCACAGUGACUCUGAGUGCGACCUCCGGGAGUUUUAGAGGGUUUAUCCUGGAAGCGAGGCAGGUGGGAGGGAACACCGCUAUUGGUUCCUUCAGUCUGGUGGGCUCUGACUCCCAGCUCCUGACCUGCUUUGGAGUGCCUAACUCUGCAGUUUCCCAAAAAUCAUCUGCAUUAAAAACACAAAUCCAAAGUAAAUGGAAAGCACCAACAACUGGCAACCUCGGCAACAUCGAAUUCAGAGCCACUUUUGUCCGUGAUACGCUCACCUUUUGGGUGGGAGUGAAGAGCUCACAGAUCACCUACAGCGGCACAUCGACUGGUGCCACCUCUACCCCAUCCUCCACCUUCAUCACCUCCAACACCUCCGUCACCUCCAACACCUCCUUCAACUCCUUUACCUCCUCCAGCAUCUCCAACUCAGGCUGUGGGAUCAGUAAGACGUGUGUUAGCCAGCCGUAUGACUGCGACCCUUCCACAGACUCCAAUUGCUUCUUCAUGGCUGCCACGCCCUUGUCCUCAGGGUCAGGGUUCAUGUUCGAGCUCUCUGGCCGUGUGGACGGCUACGUCUCUGUCGGCUUCUCAGACGACUUAGAAAUGGGAAAUGAUGACGUCUACAUUUGUGGAAGGGACAAAGAUGGUGUGAUCCAGUUACAGCACGCAUUCACAACAGGAACUACAGCGCCAACCAUCAUUGCUCUGGGGAAUGUGACACUGCUUAGUACAUCACAGAAUAAUGGUGUGAUCAGCUGCUCCUUCACAUCUUCGAAUGCCAUUCGCACCACCAGGAGCUCCACACUAUCUAACAGCUACUACAUCUUCCUCGCCAGUGGCGCCACCAUCAACGGUGUGAUCCAGAAGCACAGCACUACACCUUUAAUCAGCAGCACUAAAGUGGACAUCAGGAACGCGGAGAUAGUGGAGAGUGAGUCAGAGCUCGCACCCAUGGUUAAAGCUCACGGGUGUCUGAUGUUGAUUGCGUGGAUGACCACGGGCAGUAUGGGAAUGCUCAUCGCUCGCUUCCUAAAGAGGGUUGGUGCGGGAAAGAGGCUCUGCGGGAAAGACUUCUGGUUUUUAGCUCAUGUGUUGCUGAUGUUGCUCUCUGUUGCUGCGACCAUCAUCGCCUUUAUCCUGAUAUUUUCAUACGCAAAAGACUGGAGUGGGGGAGCUCAUCCAGUCCUGGGCUGUCUGGUGAUGAUCCUCAGCCUCGCGCAGCCAAUUGCUACUAUAUUUCGCUGCAAACCACAGGAUGAAAGGAGAUUUAUCUUUAACUGGAUUCACGUCUUCAAUGCAUUGGCCAUUAAAGGGUUAGCAGUGGCUGCGAUCUUCACCGGCCUCAUGUUAGUCGACAACUCGUCAUCUCAGUGGAUGCCGAAGGUGAUGGGUGGAUUCGUGGCCUGGGAAGCGCUGCUCUUCCUCUGCCAAGACUUUUACCACAAAUGCCAGGAAAAAGAUAUGGAUGACAGCGAUGGUGGGGUGGGUACAGAAGUGCUUCUGCUGAUGCUGUUUUUCUUGGGAAACCUGGCGUUCCUGGUGGCUCUGCUUUCCGGAAUUGGAAGAGCGUAAUGAUGGAAUUCUUUACGUUUUUAAUCAGAAACUCAGGGUUUCUGUGUUUUCACUCAGGUAUAUAAACACUCUUAAACACAUCAUUCUGAUCUUUCAGUAAUUUCUUUGUAAAAUUUUUUUUUGCUUUAUUAAAAUCCUAAUUUCAUAUCAUUUAAAUCCUAGAUUUUAUU